AUGGCGAAGGCUGACGACCUGAGCACCGACUGGCAGCGCUCGGCCGGCGACUUUUCCUGCUCCAUCUGCCGAAGGAAGCGGCUUACAGCGCAAGACUUCUCUAAGAAGCAGGUGGACAAAGCGCUCGAAUCCUUGCAGUCCAUUCCUGACAAGGACAUCCGGAACGGGCAGGAGAUCAAAACCGUCCUCUUCAUAACUGCAGUGUGCAAAAAAUGCAUGGAGGAGAAGGAGCAAAAGGAGAAGGAGGAGGCCUCUGCCCGCCGUGAGGAGCGAGAGCAGGCGAUCGCCGCGACGGAGCUCGAAGCACCUCCCCGAGUAGAGGUGACAUUAGCGAGUCGCCCCUUUGGCAUGACCCCGGCGAACAAAGGCACAGGCUACGUCGUGUUGAAGACGUCAGAAGGGAAGCCUGCCAUCAAGGCCGGCAUCCGGCCUGGCUGGCGUGUUGCAGAUGUGGCCGGGCAGAGCGUGGAGGGCCUGGAGGGUUCAGAGGUCCAAGCGCUGCUGAAGGAUGCUUCUUUGCCGGUUACGGUGGCCUUUGAUGGCAUCCCAGAGAACGGCGACUUCUGCAUCGCCUGCCAGGAGAUCCUGCCGCAACCCAGCUUUUCGCGCAAGAUGCGCACGAAGCCUCCCGAGAAGCGGCGCUGCGCAAACUGCGUGGAUCUGGCCGAGGCAGAGGCAGAGGCAGAGGCGAAGGCGAAGGAAGAGGUCGCCGGUGGCUAUGCGGACGCCGCGGCUCAAGGUCCGACCAGCAAACUUUCCGAGCUUCAACAGCUGUGUGCAGAAACUGCUCGCGAAGCUGAACUUGUGACGGGCUUGAAGGCCGUCCGUGGUCGUGGCCGCGGCCGUGGAAGGCGCUAG